CCCUUAAUAAUUGCAGUGGGCGUGGGAGAAGACGUCGAAACACAAGACAACACACACUACACAAAGAUGAUGACCUCAUAGACAAGACAGGCGUGUUACAAAAUUUUUAUUACUUUUCUCUCAUCUAUAUAUUCCACAUCGUAACAAUUUUCUGCCCACUCCGUGCAAGCAUUCAUAUUAGACAUUACCAACCUGCAGUUUAAUUAGAUUUCUCUCAGCUCUUAAACGUUUCCGGCCAUGGGUCAGAAAGAAGAACCGAAGAAGGAAGGUGGGGAGAAAAAGGGCGGCGGCGGCGACGCCGCUAAGAAGGAGGAGAAGCCAACCGCCGUCGUUUUAAAGGCCGAUUUGCAUUGUGAAGGCUGUGCCAAGAAAGUCAGACGUUCUAUUCGGCAUUUUGACGGUGUGGAAGACGUAAAGACCGAUUGGGAAAGUGGGAAAUUGACCGUGAAAGGGAACGUUGACCCAGCAUGGCUCCGUGACAUACUUGCAACCAAGAUCAAGAAAAAGGUGGAGAUUCUUUCUCCUCAGCCCAAGAAGGACGGCGGGGGAGGUGCUGCCGGCGCCGACAAAAAGUCCGAUGACAAAUCCGCUAAAAAGGACGAAACUGAAAACAACCCCAAAGAGCCUCAAGUGAGCACUGUUGUGUUGACGCUGCGGUUGCAUUGCGAUGGAUGUGCAGAUAAAGUAAAACGAGUCAUAAGGAAGAUUAAUGGUGUAAAAGACGUGGAUGUGGAUUUGGCAAAAGAUUUGGUCACCGUCAAAGGAACCAUGGAUGUAAAAGAAUUAACAGCCUACCUAAGAGAAAAAUUGAAGCGGGGCGUGGAGAUUGUUCCUUCUAAAAAGGACGGUGGAGGUGGUGAAAAGAAGAAAGUCGUCGACGAUGGAGAGAAGAAAGAAAAAGAAGGCGGUAGUGAGUCUAAUAAAGUGGAAGCAAACAAGAUGGAGUAUCAUGGGUACCAAUCAAAUACAUUUUAUGCCAGACCAAUGUACAACCAAAGUUAUUACAAUCAAGAUUAUGGCUUGGCAACGUCUGAUCCAAGUUCUUCUCACACUGGCUACGCCAUGGGGUACUCAUACCCAUAUGCACACGCGCCACCGCCGUAUAUGCAUGUGCCACCAACUCCUCCACCGACAUAUGUACACGCACCCUCGCCCAAUAUGUUUAGCGACGAAGAUCCAAACGCCUGCUCUGUCAUGUGAAAACUCGGCCCCAUUCAUCCCUGCACUAUUUCCUUGAGGGAGAGAGUUCAACUAAUUAAAUUGUAAAUAAAGCAUAGAAAUUGAAGACAAAAUAUAGAAUUAAUGUAUACAAAAAGUGUUCAUUAUUUAAGCAUAUA